AGGCAGCUACAAGCUUUGCCUCUCCUCAAAUUCCUCACUGUCCUGUGCUUUAGUAGCUGUGGUCUUCUAUUGCACUCUGCACUGGCUCCUUGGUGUCAGGGGAUGCAGAAAAUGAGCUACAAUCUCUUCCUCCUGGCUUUUGUCCUGGGUAUUGGUGGAGCUUUCCAAUAUGGGUUGCAGAUCUCCAUCAUCAAUUCUCCUGCUGAGUACAUCAAAAGUUUCAUUCGUGAGACCUGUCUGAGGAGAUAUGGCUCUUCUCCCAGUGAAGAGAUGAUUACUUUGAUGUGGUCCUUCAUUGUGUCCAUUUACAGCAUUGGUGGGCUUCUGGGGUCCUUGUCUGCCGGAUAUUUGUCUGUUAGAUUUGGAAGGAAGAAGGCCAUGCUGUUUGCCGAUAUCCCUUCCCUGCUGAGUGCGGCUCUGAUGGGACUCAGCCAGCUGUGUGGAUCCUUUGAGAUGAUUCUUGUUGGAAGAUUAUUUGCUGGAGUGUGUGGAGGUUCAGCUCUGAACAUCCAUCUCAUGUAUGCCGGGGAAAGUGCCCCGCGGCAUGUCCGUGGGCUGGUUGCUGUAACCGCUUCUACUGCCAUCGCCACGGGAAAAUUUGUAGGAUUUGCUCUGGGUCUCAGAGAAGUUCUCGGAGUAGAUGCUCUCUGGCCAAUUCUCAUGGCAGUCAAUGCACUUCCUGCCCUCGUUCACCUUCUCACCCUCCCCUUCUUCCCAGACUCCCCCCGCUACCUGCUCAUUGACAAAAAGGACAAGGAGGGGUGCAUCAAAGCUGUGAAGUGGCUCUGGGGAGAUGGUGACCAUAUGGCUGAAAUAGAUGACAUGAUGGCAGAGCAAGAAGCCACCCGUGAGGAGAAGGCUAAGAGCAUGUGUGAUCUUUUUCGCGACAGACCUGUCCGCUGGCAGUUCAUCACUCUUUUCCUUGUCUGCUCCUGCACGCAGCUAAUUGGCUCCAAUGUGGUCUACUUUUAUGCAUACAGUGUCUUUAUAAAUGCUGGAAUCUCCCCUGCUCAAACCCGCUAUGUCUCCCUUGGAGUUGGGAUCACCGAGGUCCUCACCACACUGAUGUGUAGUUUCCUAAUUGAGCGUGCAGGAAGGAAGACGCUGCUGUGGAAAAGCUACGCUGUUAUGGCCUUAGCUUUAGGGCUCCUCACAGUCACACUUUCGCUGCAGGAUUCCUUUUUCUGGGUACCAUACUGCUCUGUUGUGCUCAUCUUUAUUUUCAUCAUGAGCUUUGGCAUUGGGCCAGCUGGAGUGUUAUGCUCCUUGCCCACAGAAAUAUUCAUUCAGUCAUACAGACCAGCCGCUUAUGUUUUCAAUGGUAGUAUAAACUGGAUCCAACUUUUCAUCCUUGGACUUUUGUUCCCUUUCAUUGUGGAAGGUCUUGGUAGUUUCUGUUUCAUCAUUUUCUUGACAUACUGUUUGUCCAUGGCUAUCUUUGUCUUCCUGGUGAUGCCAGAGACCAAAGGAAAGACCAUUCUGCAGGUCAUGGAGGAGUUCAACUGCCUGAACUACCGUGGAAAGAAGAAACAGACAAUCCUAGAGCAGAGUAACUGCUCAGUGGUGACUGUUACUAGACUUUAAUAACAAACUCUCCACUCUUAUUACUGUAGUGCCCAGAAGCCUCACUAAACAAGAGAGAAUCUGUCUCUCCACAAACAGCACAAAAGUGUAUUUUAAAAAUAAUCACUUGCAGUGCAGGAUGAAUUUGGUGGCUCUCUCCAACUGCUGGAAUAUGAGCUGAAUUCAAUCCUCUGCAGAAAAAAAUUACACACAGUCUAGAAAGAAAUAAGAUCUUUGUCAGUCCCUGCAAGUUAGCAGCUGUGUAACUGAGAGCACAGGACCUCCUACUUUCCUUACCAAAACAAGGACUCCACAGUUACUGGAGGAAGUGAGUGUGGAAGGUUCAGAUGUACAGCAUACUUGUGAAACAGAGAAAGAGAAGACAGAGCUUUCACACUGCAUUUAUCUGCUCCUAUGAACAAGCCAGUGCUGCUGAGCUUUCCCAGAGAAGGAACUUCAGUCCACAUGAAAAGAAGCAUUUAGCUCUUUAAUCCAGUGGAAGAAGAGUACCCUGCCUGUCAGUAGGCAGAAUUGGUAUGCAAUGUUUCCCCUUCUUACAAUUAGACUUGAGAGCAAGUACAAGGUACGAGGGCAACUAUGAUUUUCUUGAGGAGCUUAUGACCACACUUCUGUGACUUGCAGCAUGGUCUUCAUCCCUUUUAAUUUUUUUUUAUUUCGAGGAGGGGGGAAGUCAUUGCUAUGUCUGAAGAAAAAAGGUGUGAAGGAGAUAAAAGGUCCUGGUGUAAAGGAGACACUAUGCUAGAACAGUAUCCAAGCAUAACCUGUUGCCUCAAGUCAAACCUCUUGCUUGGUAAUCAGGUACAUUGCCUAGAUUUUGGAGAUUCUCCUAUUGGGACAAACAGGGAUAUGCCAGCACUGGAAAAAGCAAGACCAAAGAAAGUAGAGCUGCAGGAAAUCAUAAGUGGGCUAAUCCAGACUUGUCAAGUUCUCCUUCAUCAUCAAUAACUAUGUAGCGUGUCUUCAGCCUGGAGCUAUUUCAUGUCAGAGAGGAGGAACACUGAGUUUCAAUGGGAUUGCGUUCCCGAGAGUACCUGGUACUGAUGAGGCAAAAAAGAGUGGUGCUCCUUCAGGAGAACCUAGUCUGUAUGUCUGAGUGUUUGCUUCUCUUUUCAGACCUCUGAAUACUCCACAUUUUAAUGACAAAACAUGAUAACAAAGGCUUCACUUUUUGUAUUCAUUGAUGUAGGAUGUGACACAUUCUUGCUCUUCAUGCUUUACAGUUUACUGAUAAGGAAAUAAAAACGCAGUGGGUAAGAAAACACAUCCUACUGAUCAUGCCUGGAUUUGGUUUUCAUUGAUGGAAGAGUCAGGGACUCAGAGGAGAGCCCAUAUUCUGGGACUGUGUUGUUGGGGUCAAGGAAAACUGUGUGUGUCUUGUUCUGGAAAUGAGAUCUUCGCUACUGACUGCUGCAGAUGCUGCACAAUAAAAUUUGCAAAAGGACCUGA